AUGCUGGCGGCUGGGCCCGACCACCGGAAAGCCAGGCCUGGGUGGCGCCGCCGUCAUCCGGGCCCUAGAGCCAGGGGGCGCUGCGAUCCCAAGUUUCCCAUCCUCCCCCCGCAGGCCCCCGCCCCGUCCGCUGGGCCGGGCUGGGCCAGGGCGGGCGGCGGGGGUGGAGGCGCAGGCUGGGCGCAGAGGUCGGUGUCUUCGUGCACUGACCUCAGCCGGAGGGCCCGCGGCACCAUGACGGUGGGAGCCAGGCUCCGAAGCAAGGCGGCGAGCAGUCUCCCGCGCUGCAGGACCCUCGCCCGGGGGCGAGGGCGGACGGAGGGGGACGAGGAGGCGGCUGCUAUCCUGGAGCAUCUGGAGAGCGGGGCCGAGGCGGCGGAGAGCGGGGCGAGCGCGCAGCGCCCGGGGACCCGGGGCGCGCGGAGGGUGCACCUCGCGGUCCUCCCCGAGCGCUACGAGCCGCUGGAGGAGCCGGCGCCGGGCGAGAAGCCCAAGAAGAGGUACCGGCAGAAGCUGAAGAAGUACGGCAAGAACGUUGGGAAGGUUGUCACCAAAGGAUGCCGCUACAUCGUGGUCGGCCUGCAGGGAUUCGCUGCCGCCUACUCCGCGCCGUUCGGAGUGGCCACCAGUGUGGUGUCGUUUGUCCGCUAAUGGGAGCUGCCUG